ACAUAACUCAUUGGUCAAUGCCUUGUCCGGGUUGUGAUGUGGGGUACAUUAUAAGCAGUAAAGUGAGGAGAUGGCUAUAAUUUCUUCCAUUCAGACUUCAAGAGACAGGUGAACAGUAAGACUGACAGUAUGGUGAAAGCUGUGAUUCUGAUUUCUGUGCUUGUCCUGGGGUAUACCUGGACUUUCCAGAAUGUGGGUAGUGUGGAGCUCUCUGUGGAUCCUGCAGAUUUGGACAGCGCUUCUGAUGAGCAAACUAUUCAUAAUGCAACAGAGUUCAAUGCAACAGAGGCCUGUGUAGCAGCACCAGAGGCAGGUUCAUGUAUGGGACGUCUACAACGUCACUUCUACAACUCCACCUCAAUGAACUGCGAAGUGUUCUUCUACCAGGGAUGUGGUGGGAAUCAAAACAACUUUAAAACUAAAAGAAAGUGUUUGGAGGGAUGUCACGUUGAUGACGUCUGUACAGCAGCACCAGUGACAGGUCGAUGUAAGGCACAACUGCCACGUUACUUCUACAACUCCACCUCAAUGAGCUGCGAAGUCUUCAUCUAUGGAGGAUGUGGUGGAAACCAGAACAACUUUAAAACUGACAAACAAUGUCUAAAGAGAUGUCACUCUAAGGAGGUUUGUAAAGCAGCAGCAGAGACAGGCCCAUGUAAGGCACGUAAGCUGCGUUACUUCUACAACUCCACCACGAUGAAAUGUGAAGUCUUCAUCUAUGGAGGAUGUAGGGGAAACCAGAACAACUUUAGAACUGAGAGAGCGUGUAUGAAAACAUGCCACACCAAAGCCAACUGAGAUUAAGAGCAGAAGAACCUGUUCACUGAAGGCAAACUGAGCGAAAUGAGUGAACAUUUGCUGCUCAUCUGAUCACACGAAGAUGCAACAAGAACCAACUUCACAAAAGCAGCACAUCCAAUAAAUAUUAUAAUUUUUUGUCAUCACUUACAGAAUAUGUUAAGUUAUAUCCCAAUAGAUCAACAAUAAAAUAAGUCAUUACUCUGCUUGGCUUUGUGGAGCAGAACUGAAUUAGUACAUCACCCAGACACUGGUUACAGACAGGCUCAAAAGAUGAUUACAGUGUUUGUAACAAAUCAAAUAUUGUAGGUUUUUCCUGAGAAUUUUUUUUUCUGAUAAAACCUGAGACAAAGCUAUUAUUAACAUUCUGAUAAUGAAAAUGUAUCAAAUAACAAUGUGUAAUGACCUAACAAACAACUCUGCUGCUCUCCUUAGCUUUAUGGAGUAUGAAAAGGUUGCUCCUCUCCCUUUACACUGUGUCCCAGUAAUAUUUUGUGUAUUAAAUGACUAAUUUUGCUCCAGUUUUUCUGUUGAUUUAUCUGCCAUGUUACGUAAAUAAAGGAAGUAUUAGUUUAA